AGUCGUCAUUGGGCGAGCCUGGCAGCGUCCGUGGUAGCGGUUCGUGGUAGCGGGCCAUGGCGAUGGGCAGCGGCGGCGCGGGCUCCGAGCAGGAAGACACGGUGCUGUUCCGGCGUGGUACCGGCCAGAGUGAUGAUUCUGACAUUUGGGAUGAUACAGCAUUGAUAAAAGCUUAUGAUAAAGCUGUGGCUUCCUUUAAGCAUGCUCUAAAGAAUGGUGACAUUUGUGAAACUUCAGAUAAGCCAAAAGGCACAGCUAGAAGAAAACCUGCCAAGAAGAAUAAAAACCAAAAGAAGAACUCUGCAACUCCCUUGAAACAGUGGAAAGUUGGUGACAAAUGUUCUGCUGUUUGGUCAGAAGAUGGCUGUGUUUACCCAGCUACCAUUACAUCCAUUGACUUUAAGAGAGAAACCUGCAUCGUGGUUUAUACUGGAUAUGGAAACAGAGAGGAGCAAAACCUAUCUGAUCUCCUUUCCCCAACCUGUGAAAUAGCUAAUAGUACAGAACAGAACGCUCAGGAGAAUGAAAGUCAGGUUUCCACGGACGACAGUGAGCACUCCUCCAGAUCUCUCAGAAGUAAAGCACACAGCAAGUCCAAAGCUGCUCCGUGGACGUCAUUUCUCCCUCCACCACCCCCGAUGCCAGGGUCAGGGUUAGGGCCAGGCAAGUCAGGUCUAAGAUUCAAUGGCCCACCGCCGCCACCGCCGCCCCCUCCCCCCUUCUUGCCGUGUUGGAUGCCUCCAUUCCCUUCAGGACCACCUAUAAUCCCCCCACCCCCGCCCAUCUCCCCCGACUGUUUGGAUGACACUGACGCCCUGGGCAGUAUGCUGAUCUCUUGGUACAUGAGUGGCUACCACACUGGCUACUACAUGGGUUUCAGACAAAAUAAAAAAGAAGGAAAGUGCUCACAUACAAAUUAAGAAAGUGUUGUCUUUCAAAUUCAGGUUCAGCUCUCUCCCAAGGAGAUGGUGUGUUGGUGUCCCUGGUCGAUAAGAACGGAGUCUCCUCCUCAUCUUUGUGGACUCUUGGUUAAGUGGUGUCAUCAUCAGAGUCUCCCGGUUCUGAGAGUCUAUCCUAAGUCAGCAGCAGAGCGUGCUUAGAGCGUAAGCAGUUGGAGGAACCGAUCAGUGGAAAUGCGAGUGGAAAGAAGUCGGUCUGCCCAAUUGUGGCUGAGCACAAGCGUACACUUGUAAUUUUCUUAGUAUGUCAAGAUUUUUAUUAAUGCCUUUAAAAUGAAAUAAAAGUCCGUUUUUGAAA